UGGCAUUAAUUUUUAGAGGCCAUUUGCAUUUUUUUAUAUGUUAAUGAUCAUGCAAGAUUCUUGAAGGCUCAAUUUCUAACCCCCUUUGUAUUAAUUUAAUACAGUUUUUUUAAUGCUUAUUAUAUAAUUUAUCUUUGAUGAUUGUAACUGCUCCAUAGCUUUAGUUUUUCUAUCAAAAAAAAAAAAAAAAAUUGAUUUUUGCUAACAUUUUGCACAUUUCAGGCAAAAGUGGGGAGGUUGUUCAUCUGAAGUCUUCUUUCUCGUUUGUCAAUGAAUUUGAUGCGAAAAUCAUUGUUUUCUCGUAUUUUUCACGCUCUUACUAAGAUGAUGGUGGACAAGAAGUUGUAGUAGAUAUCCUGUUGGCUGAAGAAUGGCUAUCUCGUGCACAGGGACUUGUUCCUGUUGCAAUAGAGAAGGCACGGGAGGUUAAAGGAUUCCCGGGGAGGUGGAAGAUGAUAAUUGAAAAGCUGGAACAGAUUCCCUCACGAUUAUCAGACUUGUCUUGCCAUCCUUGCUUUUCGAAAAAUGCGCUUUGUAUAGAGCAAUUGCUAGCUGUUUUGAAGACUUUGAAUAAAGCAAUUGAGCUUGCGGAUUUGUGCGUGAAACUGAAGUACGAAGGGAAACUUCAAAUGCAAAGUGAUCUCGAUGCACUAUUGGGGAAUCUGGAUUUGAAUUUACGAGAUUGUGGGCUCUUGAUCAAAACCAGAGUGCUCGGUGAGGUUACUUUGCCAUCGGCUAUGGGAAGCACUUCGACCGAACCAGAAGCUACAAGUAUUGGCAAUGUCCGAGAAUUGCUUGCGAGACUUCAGAUUGGUCACUUGGAGGCUAAACAUAGGGCUCUUGACAACCUUAUUGAAUUCAUGAAAGAGGACAAGAAGAGCGUGUUGGCCGUUCUGGGACGAGCCAAUGUUGCAGCAUUAGUUCAAUUGCUUACGGCUACUUCUCCUCAAAUCAGAGAAAAAACCGUGACUGUCAUUUGUUCCCUCGCAGAAUCUGGAAAUUACGAGAAUUGGCUUAUUUCUGAAGGUAUUCUUCCGCCCCUUAUUCGGCUAGUUGAAUUUGGUAGUGCUGUAGGUAAAGAGAAGGCUACAAUUUCUCUCCAGAGGUUGUCCAUUUCAUCAGAAACAGCUCGUUCGAUAGUUGGGCAUGGUGGGGUUAGGCCUUUGGUUGAAAUCUGUAGAACUGGUGAUUCCGUUUCACAAGCAGCCGCAGCUUGUACCUUAAAAAAUAUUUCUUCCGUGCCAGAGGUUGGACAAACAGUAGCAGAAGAAGGGAUUAUUAAGGUGAUGAUCAAUCUUCUUGAUUGUGGAAUUCUAUUGGGAUCUAAAGAAUAUGCAGCAGAAUGCUUGCAAAAUCUCACGUCCAACAAUGACAACCUCCGAAAGUCUGUAAUCGAAGAAGGUGGAAUAAGAAGCCUGUUAGCUUAUUUAGACGGUCCACUGCCUCAAGAAUCUGUGAUCGGGACGUUGAGAAAUUUGGCAGGUUCAAUCUCGAACGAAGUUUCCAUUUCGUUUGGCAUUGUCCAGAGGUUGGUGCAAGUGCUAAAAUUGGGUUCUCUUAGCUCGCAGAAAGCGGCAGCUUCAGUGAUUUGUCGAAUCUGCAGCUCGACUGAAAUGAUAAAACUAGUGGGAGAAACGGGAUGCAUUCCUCCUCUUGUAAGAAUGCUGGAGGCUAAAGCUAAUGAUGCAAGGGAGGUCGCUGCACAAGCAAUUUCUAGCUUGAUGACCAAUCCAUGUAACAGGAGAGAAGUUAAACGAGAUGAUAAGAGCGUGCCAAAUCUUGUGGCAUUGCUCAAUCCGAGCCCCCAAAACACGGCCAAAAAAUAUGCUGUUUCCUGCCUUUCGUUGCUCUCCUCGAGCAAGAAAUGCAAGAAGCUUAUGAUUUCGUAUGGGGCUAUUGGUUAUCUCAAGAAGCUUAACGAGAUGGAGAUUCCUGGAGCCAAGAAACUAGUCGAGCGUCUGGAAAGAGGGAAAUUGAAAAGCCUCUUUAGCAAGUAGCAGGAUAGCAUUGAUGUUGUUGUACAAUGAAGUACAUACUUUUAUCUUCAUACAAAUUAAUGCAUUAGUUAGCAUUAGGAAAUAAAAAAAUCUCUGUAUCUCCUACCUAAAGUUUCAUUACAAGUAAAAUGAAAUCUUCUUUUCCUUAGUUAAGCA